AGUCAAGUUUCAACACUGUCAAUGAUUCUUGAAUGUUUAAGAUUUAAGGUUAUGUUAUUUGUUAUGAUGUGUUAUGGCAUGUUGUUAUUUUGAUUUUGAUAUUUUCAAAAUUUGUUAGGUCUUUGAUCAUUAUUUGUUGAAAUUUUGUGAUAUCUGUUCAUCUAGUGACUGAUUCAGUUUCUUCGCUACCAUCGACCAUCAAUAAUGUAUGAAACAUCAGAACCAGAACGUGAAAUACCCAUCACUAUCAACAAAUAUCACCAUCUCACCCAGCAAAAUGACAAAAAACACAAAUCAGAAAGCAAAAGAGAAAUGAGAAGCUACAGUAUCGAGAAAUUCUUUAAAGCAAUGAAAAAAACGAAUAAUUGCCCUGUAAAAGGUCAUUUGGAUAGCUCUUCUGAAGAUGACUGUAAUUCAGACCUAUCAAAGAUGCCUAGCAAUGAGCAGAAUGUAUGGAAUUUGUUGAAUGACCUAAAAAAAUCUAGAAUACCUCAGUACACAAGUGAUAAUAGUAAGAGUAAUAGUAAAUGUAGGAGACCUGAUAACAAAAUUACCAAUUACUUCAAGGAUGUUAAAUUUCCACCUGGUGUAUCAACUAGUUCUUCAGACAUUACUAAGAAUAAAGAAAAUUCUCCAAGAUUGAAAGAUACUAAAUGUUUGAAGACUGAAAUAGCAAAUAAUUCAAUAAAAUCUCCUAAGUUGACUAGAGACAAUUUUUUGGAAUCAAGAAAAAGAAAACUGAAAAGAACUCACAUGAGUGAGGAACCAAGUGAGAAAAUUUGUGCAAGACAAUAUAGCAGAAACAGCAGUAGUAUGCCUAUUACUUUGGAAGAACAGGAAAAUGUAGAUAAAAAAUUGUUGAAUGGAAAAACUACCUUUGAAGAAUUCACAAAAAAAGUUCUAGAGAAGCUCAGGAACAAAUCAUUAGCAAGUGAGACUACCAAAAAUACAAAUGAGAAAUCAAGUAUUAGACAAAAAACAGUAUCAGAAGUGUUGAAAGAAAUCCAGUAUAAUCCUGAUUGUACAAAAUCCAAAUCACCUGAAAAAACACCAAUCAAAGAGGAAUCAGAGAUUCAAAACCCUAUUACAAAAUUCAUAAAAUCUUUGAAGGAGAAAAACACAAGUCAUUCUACAGAAAUUAUUGAUUCAUCAAGUUUUUUUCAUGAACCUCUGUUAAAUCACAGCAGAUUGACAUCUUCAAGUAACAAAGAACACAAUAUUAUUACAAAAUCAUCUAAAGAUAAAACUCCAGAUAAAAUCAAAACAUUUAUUGCCAAAAAUAGUAGAGGAUUUCAUAGUUUGAAGCCAAAUUCAGCACAAACAUUGGUAAAUGCAAAAGUGAUAGAUACUACUGAAAAUAAUAUUGGUGAUUUAAAUAUUUCUAUUUGUAAAAAUAAACCAACAAAUAGUGAGGACAGUGAUGAAAGUAUAGAUUUUUCUGUUUAUCUGGAGAAAACUAUAAUCAACAUGGCUGAUAAAUGCUCUGUUCAGAAAGAUGUCUCUCUCAAAAAAUCAAAAGAUAUAAACAUGGAUUUUUCUGAUCAACUCAUCAGAAGAAAUGUUGAGAAUAGUGCUGGUGAAAAAUUCAGUGAAAAAAUCAACACAGCCAGGUUUUCAACUGAAAUAACUAAUGUGAUGCAAAGUUUUAGGGAAACACAGGAAGACAAAUCUUCAGAAAAUAUAAAGAAUCAUUCUGAGGUUCCAAUUUCUACAAAGACUUAUUCACCAGUACUUGAUAUGAACAAAAUUGAAAAUAUCCCAAAUUCUUCAUCCUUGCUUGAUGAACAGAAAGCAUAUAAUAGUUUUUGGCUAAAAAAAGUACAAAAUGAAGCCAAAUCAAUAGAAAUAAUUGAUACUGAUGCACAUGAAAAUUUGGCUAUGGAAAAUGCUUCUAGUGUUGAAAGUAAUGAAAAAUCUCAUGAUUUCAUACAAGGUACUAUGGAAUUGACUGAAAGAUUUUGUCUUCAUGAUUCUUAUCAAAUGGAGCAAAAUUCUACUAAAGAAUUAACAAAAUAUCUACAAAUUCCAAUAACAACACCAGAGCAGCCAGAGGAAAUCAUCCCUGUAAAUAUUGCUGAAAUCCCUGGGGAAAAUAAUGAAGAAGCUAUUACACAUUUUCCUGAAAAACCUCAUGUCAAAUACAACUUGUUGGAAGAUGAAGAAAUCAGAAAUAUACUCACAGAAAACUAUGAGAAAUAUCACAGACUAAAUAAAAGACUAGAAGCUAAAAGUGAGUCACAGAUAGACAGCUUAUGUGAAAAACUAAACACUUCCAGGCAAAGAGAAAGAAAACACAGUGGAAAAUGUAGUUUAAGACGAUUCAGAAAAGGAAAGAUGAAGAUCUAUAGGUUAGCCAAAUUGAAGAAACCUGUACCACAUUCAGAAGAAUCAGAAAUCUUGAACAUUGACGAAUUACUAACAAAAAUGUCACAAGGUUUUGCAAAACCAAAGCCAAAUCUUGCCACAUACAAAAGUACAAGUUCCGUUUCAACUACUUCCUCUUACAUCACAGACGAAACUUUAUCAGACACUCUAUCUACGGGCUCUAGAGAACUAUCUUCUCCCCAACAAAAAUUACGAAAAGGUCUCAAUGAGAUUUCUAAAGACAAGUCCCUGUUUUGUGACGAACAACAUCGAGAUUUCACUAAGUGUGACAAAGAUGAGAUCAAGAUGAAGAUCCAGGACAUUUUCCUACAAGUUUUCGACGAUUUGACAAAUGGCAGAAGAUCCUAUUUGAAAUACAGAAGGCAAAGCAUCGAAAAUUGUACUGUAAAAGACGGACGAUUGCAGUUCAAAUCAGAUGAUGUCAGUUUUUCUGUUAUCAACUCUGGGAUACAAAGAAGCCAGGGUAGAUUCAAGCUGAUUUUGUAUAUUUUGAAGAAAAUUCAAACCUUGUUGGAGACAAAUACUAAGUUAACAAAGAGGGAAUUGUUUUAUCAAUUGAAACAUCUCAUCAAAGACCAAAGGGUGACCGAUAAAGCGAUCAAUUCUAUAAGUUGUCUUCUAGAUGUUGGCAUGUGGGCCCUCAACAUAGUAGCACAAAAAGGACUAGUAUUCGGGAACCUUAAGAUACUUUUGGCUUCCGGAGAGACCAUCAACUGUAAUGUCCCAGGAACCCUGAUACCUCAAGACAUCGGGGACAUAAUAGAAAUCCACUCCACCGCCUUCUUCAUCCUGGUGAUAGAGAAGGAGUCCAUCUUUCACAAGCUGAUCGAAGAGGACCUGCCCAAUCGGCUGACCAGGCCCUUCGUGAUGAUCACCGGCAAAGGGUUUCCCGAUCUGAACACGCAGCUGUUCCUGAAGAAGCUGUGGACGGUGCUAUCGGUGCCUGUUUUCCUGUUGGUGGAUGCCGAUCCACACGGGAUUAAUAUCAUGUUGAAUUACCGGUUCGGAUCUGUGAGCAACGCCCACGUGUCUCACCAUCUGGCAGUGCCCCACGCCAAGUGGCUGGGCGUCUUCCCCUCCGAGAUAGCCGCUGUCAACGUCAAACGUCAACCGCUGACGGUCAACGAAGCGAAGUUGGCUGCCCAGCUGCUGAGGACGCCGCACGUGGCCCAUAACCCGCGCAUCGCCGACGAGAUCAGCGUUCUGAUCCGGGACGGGAGCAAGGCUGGCAUCGAGGGACUGAUCAAGAGCGAGGUGUAUCUGAGCGAGGUUUAUUUGCCGACCAAGUUUUUCGCGAAGGAUUUCAUUUGAGGUCGGCUGGUGAUGGGAUAAGGGUUUUUGAUACGCGGUGUUUCAUUUUGAUUUGUUAUCGUAUUUACCUUAUACAUAUAAUGGCGUUUCGAAAUGAGUUUAAUAAAUAUUUAUUGUUUGUGAGUCGAUCGAUUUACAUUUUUGAGGUCUAUGAAGAAAUAUUAGUAUUUUAUCAAUAUACAGGGUGUUUUCU